AGUGUGUGUGUGUGUGUGUGAGAGAGAGAGAGAGAGAGAGAGAGAGAGAGAAACAAGAGCUGCUUGAACGUUCCUCUUCCUCAUGAAUGGAAGUCUGAUUUUUACCUCAGAUAUUUUUUUUAUCUUGGGCUGUGUGGAUGUGGUUCGAAGCGCAUGAGCCAAAGUUAUGAAAUAAUGCACGCGACGAACUGAAGCCCCAACAGACGCUUGACACUAAUUUUUGUGUCUCGACCAAAACACCGACAAAUAAACCGACAAGAUGCCUAGCACAGCGCCACCAUCUCGCCAAGCAGGAAAUGGGGAAAAAAUCUUCAAAUAUUGGAUAUCAUGACAUCAACGCUCCAUGGGCAGAAGGUGUGUCACUCAGAAACACAGACAGAUACACUGAAGCCACUACUCGGAGGGACGGGAUGCGAAGUUGAAACACUUCGCUUCCGUCGGCGCCUAAUGUCCAAAGAGGGACGGAGCAACGUGCGCGUGGAGCAUGUGAGCGGGCAGCAUGCACUGUAUCUACGUGAUCCGUGGACAACCUGUGUGGACAUGCAGUGGAGAUACAAGCUGUUUGUGUUCAGUGCAACCUUUGUGGGCACAUGGUUCGCCUUUGGCCUGCUAUGGUACCUGCUGGCUCUGGUGCAUGGAGACCUGCUGGAAUUCGAUCCUCCGGCCAACCACACGUUAUGUGUGAUGCAGAUGCAGACUCUCACAGGAGCUUUCCUGUUCUCCCUGGAGACGCAGACGACCAUUGGAUACGGUUUCCGCUGUAUCACAGAAGAGUGUCCAUCUGGCAUUGUACUUCUCGUCAUCCAGCUUCUCAUUACCACCGGCAUGGAGAUCUUCAUCACAGGAACCUUCCUUGCCAAGGUCGCUCGGCCAAAGAAACGUGGGGAGACGGUGCGUUUCAGCCAGCAUGCCGUAAUAGCCAAUCACAACGAGCAGCCAUGUCUUAUGAUCCGGGUUGCCAACAUGCGCAAGAGCCUUCUUUUGGGCUGUCAGGUGACUGGGAAACUGCUUCAGCGUUGUGCACCUAAAGAGGGUGAGACAGUGCGCUUAGACCAGAAGAACGUCCCAUUCAGCGUGGACACAGCCAGCGAGAGCCCCUUCCUUAUCCUCCCCCUCACUUUCUACCACACUAUUGAUGACGACAGCCCUCUCCGAAAGUGGGCUGCCAAGGGUGUUGGAUGGACUGAGCCAGAGCUGGCUGAUUUUGAGUUGUUGGUGAUGAUGAGCUCCACGGUGGAGCCGACGUCCGCUAUGUGCCAGGUGCGCACGUCCUACCUGCCUGAAGAGAUUCUGUGGGGCUAUGAGUUUCCACCCAUCAUCUCUCUGUCUCCAAUGGGGAAAUACGUUGCUGAUCUUGCCUACUUUGACAAGGUUAUCAGGGCCAAGACUCCACCCAUAUUUAGACAGUCCUCAUCCACCAGCCAGCAGGGCUACCAUAGGAGCGGGGAGGAAGGAGACCCAGAGAAGAUUCAACUGGAGCUGAGUUAUAGAGAAGCAGGUCAGGAGAGGGCGAGGGGGAGAGAUGGGAGUCCAUCAGGAGUUAGAAUAAGUAAUGUGUAACAUACUUAUAGGGACACACACUUAUCAGAUGACGCCCAGCAAAGUGCCCUGAUAUUAGAACGCAACAAUCCUAGUAUAUAAAGUAUAAAGGAGUAACACUGAAAUCUUGUUAAACUACUCAUACCACUGGGCUACUAUAGGUACUAGAAUGCCAUUGUGUCAUUUAGAUACAGCUAGUGUAUACAAAUAAGCAAUAUUUAACCUUCCCAGUGUUACCGAACCAGGCUUGCAUGGUUCAGCAACAUAAAGGGAGACCGCGCGAGGAUCAAGUUUGACAAUAGAAUUAUUUAUUAAAAUAAACAAGCAUAUCAAAAGAUGAAAUUCUGUCAGGAUAAGUAAGAUGGCAUGAGAUAAAAGUAGAAUGUAAAUCAGUUAUGCAAAACAAAAAGCCAAAAGUGACGCUUGCUGGAACAGAGACAGGGAACGCCAAACUCCUGCCAGGUAGCCUUUUUUAAAGCACCAGUACGUGACUAGCAUCAUGUGACUAGCAGCACCUGUGCAUGAACUCCACCCUUACCCCUUUGCCACCAUAUCAGUUCCAGGGCUGGUUCGGGGCUGGUGCUGGUUCACAACUCGUUCAACUCGCGAGCCAGCUGAGAACCAGUUUGCUUUUCCAUAGCUAGCGGUGCUAAGAGAAGCCACGUCGUUACGUCGUUGUAUACGUCAUUACGUCGCUGUAUACGUCAUUACGUCGCUACGUUUGCAUAAACCUUGGCGCGAAUAUCGAAGCAAAAACAACACGGAAGAAGCAGCAGCAGCAACAACAAUAAUAAUAAUAAUGGAUGACUUAGCGUUUGUACAGCUGCUGCUUCUCGUCGCUUAAAAAUGGCGAUCUUUCGCGGUCUUGUUAUUGUUGUUGGUCUUAACAACCCCCCCCCCCC